AUGAAUCAACCUUUGAAAAAAAUUUCAGAUGCGAAGACAUCAAACGAAGCAUGGGGAAUUUUGCAAAAAUCCCUUCAAGGAGCGGAAAAGGCUAAAAAGGUACGCUUACAAACCCUUAGAGCCGAAUUUGAGACGCUGAAAAUGAAACCGUUGGAAAGUGUUGAUGAUUAUGUUAUUCGGGUGAAAGCGGUGGUAAAUGAAAUGAAAAGAAAUGGAGAAACACUUGAUGAUGUUAGAGUAAUGGAAAAAAAUUUGCGGUCAUUGACACGCAAAUUUGAUUAUGUGGUGGUUGCCAUUGAAGAGUCAAAAGAUUUAUCACAAACAUCAAUCGACGAACUUGAGGGCUCCCUCCAAGCCCAUGAGCAUAAAAUGAAGCUAAAUGAUGAUACUGGAAAUUCGAACCAAGUCUUGCAAAGCAAGUUGUUCUUCAACGAAAGUGGAGCUAGGGAUAAUUUUGGACAAGGUACGAGCAAUCGUGGAGGAUACCAUGGAGGAUAUAGAGGCAAAAAUAGAGGUGGACGAGGAAAUCAAUCAUAUGGUAAAGUCCAAACAAGUGACGAAUAUCAAACAUCAAGUCGUGGACAAGGAGCUCGAGGCCGAGGUCGAGACAGAGGUAGAUUUCAACUAGGAAAUAAAUCUCAGGUACAAUGUUAUAAUUGCAAUAAAUAUGGCCAUUAUAGUUACGAGUGUAGAUCAAAUUCCAAGAUGGAUGAGAGAAAUCAUGUAGCAGCAGCUAAAGAAGAAGAAAACGUGGAAUCUAAUGUAUUCUUCACUUAUAAAGAAAGUGACAAAUCAAGAAAAAAUAUUUGGUAUCUUGAUAAUUACACCAACAAUCACAUGUGUAGCCGAAAAGACUUAUUUUCAGAGUUGGAUGAGAAUAUUCAUGGACAAGUAACGUUUGGAGAUGAAUCACAUGCCAUGGUCAAAGGCAAAGGCAAAGUCACUAUUACACAAAAGAAUGAAGAAAAGAAGUUCAUUUAA